CAAUACACGGCCCGUUAGGGUUUCUCACCCUAGCACAUAAAUACUACUUCCCCUCCGGAUCCUCCCUAGUCGGCCGCCAUCUCCCCCUGUUAGGUUUUAGGAGACCUCCGCCGCCCCUCCGGCCUCGCGAGCUCGCCGAAAUGGUCGCCCACAGGUUCCAUCAGUACCAGGUGGUGGGUCGCGCGCUGCCGACCCCGACCGAUGAGCACCCCAAGAUCUACCGGAUGAAGCUCUGGGCCACCAACGAGGUUCGCGCCAAGUCAAAGUUCUGGUACUUCCUUAGGAAGCUCAAGAAGGUGAAGAAGAGCAAUGGCCAGAUGCUCGCUAUCAACGAGAUCUUUGAGCGCAACCCAACCACUAUCAAGAACUAUGGCAUCUGGCUGCGUUACCAGAGCAGGACCGGUUACCACAACAUGUACAAGGAGUACCGUGACACCACCCUGAACGGUGCCGUGGAGCAGAUGUACAACGAGAUGGCCUCCCGCCACCGUGUGAGGUCCCCCUGCAUCCAGAUCAUCAAGACGGCCACGGUGCACUUCAAGCUGUGCAAGAGGGACAACACCAAGCAGUUCCACAACUCUAAGAUCAAGUUCCCGCUCGUGUACCGCAAGGUGAGGCCACCCACAAGGAAGCUCAAGACCACCUUCAAGGCGUCCAGGCCCAACCUGUUCAUGUGAUAGUUGUCGUCAGAUUAUCGUACCUGUGUUCUGUGUCUUAGCGCCUGAGAGAUAAAAGAUUUUGCCUGUGCAAGUUUUGGUGCCCCGUGGAUUGAGCACUUUGAUGUUUCCAGUUACGGAUUUGAAUGAUGCUAUGCAAACCCUUGACUUUUGUCCAAUUAGUUAUCAGCAGACUGCUAUUUACUUGCCAUGUGUUGCUCGCUGGCAUUGUGGGU